AUGGGCCCGAGGUUCCUCAUGGGCCAGGACGCCAUCAAGACGUUUGCGGCCGGCAUGCGGGCCGCGAUCGAGCACGGUGGGGAGGGCAAGUGCCUGGCCAGCGGGGAGUUCGCAGGCUACGGUUGCGGGGACGACCCGGACGUGCCGAAGAUCUGCUCCUGCCGCCACGUUUUCGAGCUCUGCUGGCUGCCCGACGACCCGAGUCGGGUCGUGAAAAAGUUCCCCUCGCAGGAUGCGCUGGACGAGGCCAAGGCGCUCCUCUUCGGCAGGUGCUACACGUCGUACGUGCUUAUUGCGGCGAUCGGUGUCGGCGGCCUGGCUGUGCUCGCGGUCGUGGCGUACGCGCUGAAGGGCAUGUUCACGAAGAAGUCACCGUCCUGA